CCACAACCAACGCUAUAACACCUACCUUCUUUUUUCUCUCUCGUCAUCUCGUAAAGGUCGAAAGAGGCCAGGCUUGUUUGUGCUCUUCCGCCUACUGUACUGCUUCCGCCACCUCUCAGUCCUCAUCUGACGUCACAUAAGCUUGGUGGUAGAGCAGGACAUGGGGAAGAAGAUUGAUGCUCUCCUCGGAAGAAAUUUCAAGACUUCCAAAUUCAGAGCUCUUGUCAACCUCGCCAUCUCCCGGGCCGCCAUCUUGAAGAAGCAGCGUCAGGUUCGCUGCUCACAGGCGCGCUCCGACGUGGUUCAGCUCCUCAACCUUGGUCACCAUGAAAGGGCGCUUAUUCGGGUUGAGCAAGUGAUCAAGGAGCAGAACAUGCUGGACGUGUAUGCUAUGAUCGAAGGAUAUUGCCUUCUGUUGGUGGAGAGAGUCAGCAUUAUAGAAGAAGAAAAAGUGUGUCCUGAUGAACUGAAGGAGGCAGCGUCAGGUUUGCUUUAUUCUACUUCAAGAUGCGGGGAGUUCCAAGAGCUGCGAGAGAUCCGCGCAGUUUUAACAUCUCGUUAUGGGAAGGAAUUUGUGGCUCGUGCUGUUGAACUGCGCAACAAUUGCGGUGUGAAUCCUAGGUUGAUACAAAAGCUGUCAGUUAGGCCGCCGGAUGUGGAGGUCAGAUUGAAUGUGCUGAAAGAAAUUGCUUCAGAGAAUGGCAUCACUCUGCAAUUAGAGGGGGCUUCUUCUGCUACCUUGGAGGAUAAAUUGGACAAAAACCAGAUGGAAAACCAGCCCAAGCCAGACCAAUCAGCUAAUUCAGGCGGGGCUAAGCCUGAGGAGAGUUUGGUGCCAGAAGAUCAGAUAGAAAAGGGCGAAGGGUUCUCUGGUUCAAUGAAAACAAGGAAGAAGUAUAAGGAUGUGGCUGAUGCAGCUCAAGCAGCUUUUGAGUCAGCAGCUUAUGCAGCAGCAGCUGCAAGAGCUGCUGUGGAGCUAUCUCGAACUGAAUCCCAUGAUCCUGAUGAUCAAAACAGUCCCCAUCCUCGGCGAAGGUUAGUAUCUGAUGGUGAUGAGUCUAAACAUGAAGCUGCAGGCAAAAAGGAUUCGGGUGAGAUUGAGAAAUCAGAUGAUGGAUUGGCAUUAGAGAAGAUCCAUCCGGUUGAGAACCAGGAUUCUGAAUCGGAAGAUGAGGAAAUCCACAACGAAAGUCAAGCUCAACAGUCCAAAUGGAAAAAGAAAGCAGCAGAAUUGAUGAGACCGAUGUCCUCUUCAAGUUCAGAUUCAGCUGGGGGCAGUUUAAAUGUGAAUUCAAUGUCUUCAGAUGUAAUGAAGCUAUUGGAGAAGGAUAUUGUGUUGGAUGACAGCGAUGAUGAAAGUGGGAACAAACACAGUGGUAACUCGAGCUCUGAUAUGAAACCUGCCCUGCAGAUCCCUUCAAGUUCUCAAGUGGAUAUAAAGGCAAGAGCAGGACCAAAGAACCACAUAGCACAUCCUGCUGAGGGUUUGGGAAUGCCAAGUGUGCAGCAUUUGAACACAGGGAAGAGGCCUUUUUCUGUGAGAACCAGAGGAGUGCGAGGUUACUGAGAGGCAUAGGAGUGAGUGUGUCAAAAAUUUGUUGAUUUUAAGUUGCACCAUGUUUGAACAUGCAUAUACUUGUUUUGUUCCUUCAUUUUUCUGCUAUAUAAUUUUGAGAAUGUGAAAUAUGUAAUGACUUUGGAUUGCGGGACUUUUAAAUUUUUUAUGAUGUUGAUAAUUAUUAUACUCA